GAUCACUCAUUUCGAGUUUAAUAUAAAAAAAACGUCUGUGCGAAAUGGUGCAAUUUCAGGAAGACCAUGAAAAAAUCGUAAUAGAAGAACCGAAUGUUGUUGUUGACGAUUAUGUCGAUAUUGAUAACAGUACCUUGGAGGAAGAACAUCGCAGAACCGGCAGAGCCCUGGCGACAGGGAUAGUUAUCUUCUUAGUGAGCCUCGGCUUGUAUCACGCCAUCGUCUACGGCUCAUCCAAAUUAUCGGCCCUGGUAGGCGGGUUCAUCAUAAUGCUGCUCUAUUUAGUCUCGUUGCUCUACUCCUGGCACAGGAAGAAAAAACUCACCAAAUCUAACGAGGCGGCCCUGGAGAGGCAGAUAAAAGAAGUCAUUGUCAACGCGAAAAAAUCGCAGGAAGAGAGCAAAGCGAAGCCAUCGAAACGAGAGACGGAAAAUUCUGAGCCUUCUGAGCCACCUGAUCCUGGUCGCCCGCGAUUGGUCAGAAUCUAUUCCGUCGCCUAGAAGUAAAGGUUGUUGGACUUUCAGAUGGAAGUGUUGCGAUUAAACAUGAACGGAGGGGCAUUUAGGGGAAUCUUGUGAAUAAUAAUAACAGUUGACAGAUUGUGAGGGGUUAGGCGAGCACCUGCUUGUUUUGUAUUAAGGAGUGAUAAAGACGU